AUGCCGCGGCAUAUCGCGCACUUCCACAGCGUCGUCGAGCUCGACGCGAGCGCGGGGAACGGCGUCGUCGGCGACGCGCGCGGCGUUGCCCCGGUCGUCGUGGCGUGCGCUUCCCCCGACUCCCUCGCCCCCAACCAGUACCGGCGCGGCGUCGCCGCGGCGUUCGCGUCGUGCCACGUCGUGAACGGCAUGCGCCGCGUCUUCGGCGUCGUCCGCGCCGCGGCCGUCGGGAGUGCGCGGCGGCCGUCGGGAGUGUGCGGCGGCGGCGGCGGCGACGACGACGCGCGAGGCCGAAUCCGAAAACCGACCGAAGCUUAUUAG